AUGGCCUCCGCAAUCGAGAACGGCCAUGCCACCCCCUCCGCCGCCGAAGCGGCCAAACAGCGCAGACAACUCCACCACCACGCUGAUGUCGUGAUCAUCGGCGCGGGCAUCCUGGGAUGCGCACUUGCAGUGACACUAGGCAAGCAGGGGCGCAGCGUCCUGCUGCUGGAGAACUCCAUGAAGGAACCCGACCGCAUCGUGGGUGAAUUGCUACAACCGGGAGGUGUUCAGGCUCUGGAGAAGCUGGGUCUCGCCGACUGUCUCGAGGACAUCGAUGCGAUCCAGGUUGACGGAUACUACGUGUCGUAUUUCGGAAAGCCCGUCUCGUUCGCGUACCCCAAGGCCUCCCCCUCGUCGCCUCCCCCGCAAGGCCGCUGCUUCCACCAUGGCCGCUUCGUCAUGAAGCUGCGUGCGGCCGCGCUGGCCUGUCCCAACGUCACGGUCGUCGAGACCAAGGUUACGGACCUGGUCACCUCCUCGCACACCAAGCAGGUUCUCGGAGUCGAGUGCAUGACCAAGGACAAGAAGGACUGCUACUUUGGCCACCAGACGGUUGUGGCCGACGGCUACGCCUCCAAGUUCCGCAAACAAUACCACACCAACACCCCCAAGGUCAAGUCCCGGUUCUGGGGCUUGGAAUUGAUCGAUGCCGACAUGCCCAAGAAGUACUACGGCCAUGUCCUCCUCAGCGACAACUCCCCCAUCCUCAUCUACCAGAUCGGCACCCACGAAACCCGCAUCCUUAUCGACAUCCCCGAGAACCUCCCGUCGGCCUCCGUCAAGAACGGCGGCGUCAAAGGACACCUUCACAAUGUCGUCCUACCGUCUCUCCCCGAGUCGAUCAAGCCGUCCUUCGCCGCGGCGCUGGAAAAGGGCCAGCUGCGCUCCAUGCCCAACUCGUACCUCCCCAGCGCGGCGAACAAGACCGCCGGUCUGAUCAUCCUCGGUGAUGCCCUCAACAUGCGGCAUCCACUGACUGGCGGCGGCAUGACCGUCGCUUUCAACGACGUUGUGGUUCUGCGCGACCUGCUGAGUCCGGAGAAGGUCCCCAGCUUCGCCGACCACGACAAGGUUCUGUCCCAGCUGUCCUCCUUCCACUGGCAACGAAAGAAGGCAUCCUCGGUCAUCAACAUCCUGGCCCAGGCCCUCUACGCUCUGUUUGCUGCCAAUGACGAGAACCUCCGUGCCCUCCAACGAGGCUGCUUCCGCUACUUCGAACUCGGAAUGACCGCCGGCCCCGUCGGUCUCCUGGGCGGUCUGGUGCAAAAGCCCGCCGUCCUGUUCUGGCACUUCUUCAGCGUCGCUUUCCUCUCCCUGUGGCUCGUCAUCGCCAACUCCCCCAUCUACAAGCUCCCCGUAGCCCUGUUCCAAUGCAUCACGGUCUUCUGGACCGCCUGCGUCGUCAUCUUCCCCUACAUGCUGAUAGAAGCCUUCUGCUAA